AUGAAGAAGACAUUAGGUUGGACCGAUUCUUUCUUCGUCUACUCAUUUACUUCCGUCUGUCUGUCUGUCUAUCUAUCUAUCUCGUUCUGUUCAUUAUCUAUCCAUGUAUCUAUCUCAGUCUAUUUAAUCUAUGUCAGGUUAUGCAUUUCUAUCUAUCUAUCUAUCUAUCUAUCUAUCUAUCUAUCUCAGAUUAUUCAUAUCUAUCUAUCUAUCUAUCUAUCUAUCUAUCUAUCUAUCUAUCUAUAUAUGUUCUAUUCAUAUCUAUCUAUCUAUCUAUCUAUAUAUAUAUAUAUAUAUAUCGUUGUGUAUUUAUAUCUAUCUAUCUAUCUAUCUAUCUAUCUAUCUAUCUAUCGUAGUCUAUUCAUAUCUCUCUCAGCUUAUUCAUAUCUAUCUAUCUAUCUAUCUAUCUAUCUAUCUAUCUAUCUAUCUAAGACUAUUCAUAUCUAUCUAUCUAUCUAUCUAUCUAUUCGAAGUCUAUUCAUAUCUAUCUAUCUAUCUAUCUAUCUAUCUAUCUAUCUAUCUAUCUAUGUCUCCUUCUUUACUAACCCAUCUUCCUUAACAAUGCAUCCGAUUUCACAAGGUUCAAUAAAGGAAAUUACAACAUCUAUCUCAAUCUGUUCAUAUCUAUCUAUCUAUCUAUCUCAUUUGGUCCAUAUCUAUCUAUCUAUCUAUCUAUCUCAUUCUAACCAUUAUCUAUAUAUCUAUCUAGCUCAUUCGGUCCAUAUCUAUCUAUCUAUCUAUCUAUCUAUCUAUCUAUCUAUCUAUCUAUCUAUCUAUCUCAUUCGGUUCAUAUCUAUCUAUCUAUCUAUCUAUCUCAUUCGGUUCAUAUCUAUCUAUCUAUCUAUCUAUCUAUCUAUCUAUCUAUCUAUCUAUCUAUCUAUGUGCGUGUUGCUAUAA